GAGCAUGCGCAAUGAUCGUAGCAACAACUAUCAACAACCAUGGCUUCAUCUGGCGAAAGAAUUGGAGAAGAAGGCGCAUAUUUCCUCGAACGUGCCACAAUUACUGAGGAUUCAGAUGAUGAGUUCCAAUAUGAAGAGAUCCCUAUUGAUGAUGAUCUAGUCUCUGAAAUUGAUGAGGAUCUAAAUAAUGCUGUGCGUACUAUCCAGGAAGCACAGGAAGACCAAGAAGCAGCUAAGAGAAAGGGAGGUCUCAUUCCCCCACCAGUCACCCAGAGGCCAGAGGUCAUUGAUGACUUUGUCCGAAAUUUCCUGGUCAAGAUGGGAAUGAGUCGUACCUUGGAUUGCUUUCAGACGGAAUGGUAUGAGCUCCAGCAGCGUGGCUUGAUGAAUGAAGAGGAUGUUGGAACUGUACCAGAUAUCUACUGCCGCAAUCAACAACUAGAUAAUCAGGUCAAGAUACUACGUACUGAUGUGGACAAAUUUAGGGAUGCUGCCAUGAAAGCCAAGGAGACCUAUGUGAAGUUACGGAAGGAGAGGGACUUUCAUCGCAUGCAUCACAAAAGGGUUGUCCAAGAAAAGAACAAGUUGAUUGAUGACAUCAAGAGGCUGAAGCGUCAUUAUAGUUCAUAUGAACCAACCUUGCAGCAGCUAAAGCAGAAGUAUGAGACAGUGAUGAAGGAACGUAUGUUGGCCAAGCUUGAGAGAGACAGAUCUGUCAAUCAGGUGUCAGCACUGCAAGCAACCCUGCGUAGCCUUGAGAGUGGUUUGAGAGAGGGCGCUACAAAGGAGAUGACGAAGGAAGAGAGACGUCUUAUGUUUGCAUCAGGUGUGGGUCCGACCCAACAGGCCGUUCAGAGGGCACGUGAGAUGACAGAGGAACCCUUCAGACCCGACCCUAGUAGUAUGGAUGUGACUCAACAGACCCUACCAAGACAUCCUAAGGAUUCCGAGUUUCCAGUAGAUAAUGGUGUAAACCCACAGCUUGCUAAUGUGAAGGGUCCAUCUGCCCAUCUGACACGUACUGGUGGGUUUAGACUUACCCAUACCUUCCAAGCUCACAGUCUGGCUGUCAGUGGGAUAGCCCUGCAUCCCCGUAAGCAGAUCUUAGCGACAGUGAGUGAUGAUCAGACUUGGAAGAUGUGGUCUAUACCUAGCGGUGACAUCAUCAUGACCGGUGAGGGUCAUACAGACUGGAUUGCAGAUUGUGAUUUCCAUCCAAGUGGUUCUCAGCUUGUGACGGCUAGCGGUGAUGGAACGGUGAAGAUCUGGGACUUCUCUAAAGCCGAGUGUGUGCAUACGUUCUCAGAACACCAGCAUGCAGUAUGGGGUUGUUCAUGGCAUACAUGUGGUAAUUUUGUAGCAAGUGCAUCCAUGGAUAAUACCUCCAAGAUAUGGGAUCUCAACAGUCUUCGUUGUAGAUAUACACUGAGGGGUCAUGCUGAUUCUGUCAACUCUGUCAUGUUCCUGCCUUACUCUAAUAACAUCCUGACAGCAUCAGCCGAUAAGACUGUAUCUCUAUGGGAUGCACGAACGGGUCUUUGUGGUCAGACUUUCUAUGGCCAUGUUCACUCUAUCAACCACGCCACGUUCAGUCUGCGAGGUGACAGCAUUGCUUCCUGUGAUUCCUACGGUGUGGUCAGGGUGUGGGACACACGAACCUGUGCAUCCAUGGUGACCUUUGAUGUAGGACCACACCCGAACAACAGAGCCGCCUUUGACUCCUCCGGAACCGUCCUGGCUGUGGGUAGCAACGACGGAACCGUCAAGAUGAUGGAUCUGACAUCUGGCCAGGUGUCUAGUCUAGCUGGUCAUGAGGAUGCUGUCCAUGCGGUUAUGUUUGACAGGGCUGGGGACUUCUUGGUCUCUGGAGGUGCAGAUAACACCGUUAGGAUCUGGUCCUGAAUCAUUCAGUCCCUCCGACACUUAGCCCACCCCCUAAUCUCUUGCUCCGUCCAGGCCUACAAAUUCAUCUGUUAUAGUGAAAUAUAUUCAUUGUAUAGUGCAUCCAUGUUUGAUGAUAUAUUUUCACUAUGUUUACUAUCCUUUUAUUAGGGUCUAUAUCCAUGUUGUCAAGGUUCUGUCUGGUGUCACCUCACACUGUCUAAUCCUAGUUCAUCUAUAAUUGGCUCAUCUCCUAACUAUUUGGUCUAAAUAGCAUUCAGCAUAUUUACUACUUUGUCUAAAUUCCAAUUAGGCUAAACCAACUUUGUCUGAUUUCCACUUGUUUGUGUGUAUAUAUAUAUAUGAUACUUAUAAACCAAAUUUUCAUUUGACAGAGUGCUAAAUGAUUAAGAAGGUGAAGUGAAAAUUAGACCAUCUGGGCAUGAAAUUGAAUUAUAGUUAGACCAAGUGACAGUUGGACCAAAUGGUGAUUAGACCAAACUGACAGACCAAUUGGAUACAAACCCUUAAUGUUCUGUACACCUCACAAACUCUCAUUUGGUAUUUUCAGGGUUUUGUUCAAUAAAAUCUGUCGACUAUUAAAUUCAAUAAUUUCAUAUUGCUUGAAUAGGGACUGUUGGGUUGGGUUGGUAGUGGGUUAAGUUUGGCUCAUAUUAGUCCACAGAUUUUAUUUAGUAUCUGUUGCUGUCUUAUUAACUUAUACAGAUUAUUUUUACUUCUUUGACAAAAAAUGUCAAAAAUUAAUAAUAUUGCAUUGAAAUGAUAAGGAAAGACAAUAUGAGAGUGAACUAAAUUUCACAAAGUUUUUGUUUAAUCUAUAUUCCAGUAAUUGAUGACUGAAAUUAUUGUUCAUUCAGGACUUGGUCCUUGUUUAUCCUUUGAAAAUACCAACCCAUGUAUAUUCUGAUAGUGGAAAUUGAUGUUAAAUGAAGUUAUUCAGAGUUACUUUGUCUAGGAACAUGUGAGCAUUAUUUCAUUGGGAUGUGGUGAAUUAUAUUUUGCAUUAAUUCCAAAAACUUUCUGCAAAAUCCUAGUUUAUGUUUCAAAAUAGCUCGUUUUUUUUUAAAUGAAUUAAUUAAAGUUAAUCAAUUGGUAAAAUCCCAGUAGAUUAAAAUAAUAAAGAUACCAGAGAAACAAAUCUAUUCAUUAAUGAUUCAAAUGUUCAUCCUCAUUCCAAGAAGCUAUAAAGGCUUGAGUACCAACUGGCAA